AUGCAAAUUGUUCGCGUCCUUCUGUUUAGCCUCCUCAUAGCAGCGUCGUCGCCCACGAGCAGCAGCAAGAGCCCCCACAGCAACCCCCAGAAGGAGAAGCCAACCGGGAAAAACGAGGAUGGCAGCAAGGAGGCCCCCCCCGCGGAGGAAAGCAAUCAUGGUAGUGACGACCAGCGGGGUGAAAACGAAGGAGGGGAAGACUCGUUGGGUGAACCGUACGAGUUAGACGAUGGUGCAACGGGGCCCCCCCGCGGAGGGGCUGACGAAGGUGGUGGCAGAACCGGAAGAAGUGGCGAUCAAGGCGGACGCGAAAACGAGAGGGAGGGCAAUUCCAAUGGACGGGGCGUCUUCGGAAGCUUGCUGAGUUUCCUAAACGGAGGGAACUUUGGUGACUACGCUAGUCAGAAGCAGGUGCCGUUCCACCCGGAAGAAGGCCACGCUAAGGGUGAAGCCUCGCAUGAGGAGAAACUGACUAGCCACUUUAUUAACACUCUGGAGAGCAGCGAAAGGAGGCACACAGUUGGGGGCAGCAUACCCUUUGGAAGGAAGAGCAAAGCGAAGCAGUGUAGUUACAGCCAUGCACUAUUUGGUCAACUGGCGAAAAAGAAAACGAUACUUGAUAGGUCGUUGGAGGAGGAAAGCAACGUUGGGGAGAGUGCCCCUGUGGAAGGAGAGCACUCGCCAUUUGGGGAUGAUCACCAGGGGGAGGACCCACAAGGAGGGGGAGAGGCAGAGGCGGAAAAGGUUGAGGAGCCCGAAUGGGGGGGAGAGGCUGCCCAGGAAGGGGAUCACUUUGGGGAUGAUCAUGGGGAUCACUUUGGGGAUGAUCAUGGGGAUCACUUUGGGGAUGAUCAUGGGGACCUCUUUGGAGAUGAUCAUGGGGCCCACUUUGGAAAUCACUCGGGGGACCACCUUGGAGACCCCCCCGUGGAGGAGGGCGAAGGUGAGGGCACGCGCGACUUCUUCAACUUUGAGAAGGAGUUCAUGAAAAGGGAAGAGGAGAAGGAGGAGGAAAAGGAGAAGAGCGGAGGAGUGGCGAGCGGAGGAGCGGCGGACGGAGGAGCGGCGGACGGAGGAGCGGAGGACGGAGGGGCGGCGGAGCAGGUUGGGGAGAGGGAAGCCAACGUGUCGAGCCAUAACGGAGGCGGUGCGAAGGGAAGGGCGGGCAAGAAAAAGGGCCCAAGUGAUACGGAGCAGAAAAAGAAGAAGCGGAGCUCGGCAGGAGAGGUUCACCGGGCUGCCAUGAACGGUGCUAGCGGGGUUAGCGGCGUCGGCGGGGUUGGCGAUGUCGGGGGCGGUAACCCGGGGGAGGAGACGGACGAGCCAGACGAGCUACUAAUAAACAAGCCGGAGGCAAUCAAGUACUUCUUCGAGGUGUUGACGGAGGUCUGCGUAAUCAUCAAGCUGGGGGUGGUGCACCGCUUCACCCACGUUGUGAUCCCCAUAAAAAAUAUUAUAGUUUCGAAGACGCUACGUCAAAUUGAAGUGGUCCUAAGGACCAUGCUGUCUGUACAUAGGCUGGGCAGCCACAAGUACAGAGACACCUACGGGCUGGGGAUCAUCGCGCUUCUACUCUACCUGCUAACCUACCUCAUCAACAGGUGCCUCUACAAGGGGGGGAAGAAACGAAGAGAAGAGCAUUCAGAGAGGAAGCCAGACGAUGUGUACCUGGUGAAUCUAUUAAAAAGAAUCCUCUACGUGGUGGAGAGUAGAAAGACAGGGACCAACGCAGAUGAGGGAGUUCUGCACGACGUCCUCUAUAACACAGAGACGUUGCUAGCCACGAGCAACAUCAUAAAUAAAGAAAACAAACAGAUCUACACAGACAUCAUAGGUAGCAUUAAUAACUUGGGGAUAUUCACGUACGUUUCAACGCAGGCUCUGAAGAGCAUCAACCAGAAGGCAGAUUUGCUCAUAAGUGGGUUUGCAGGGGGGAAGGCUGCCAGGCCAGGGGGGGGACAGGAGGAGGAGGAAGAGGCCUUGAAUUUGGAGAUGAUGGAUCUAGACAUGGGCGGAAGCGCCAUGGGGGGAAGCGCCAUAGGGGGAACUUCCCUCGGUGGAGGGGCUCUUGGAGUUAGUUUAGGAGCUGCCUUAGGGAGAAGGGGCUUCCCCAACGGUGUGGAGGCGGUUCUGCCGAACGGCAUGGAGAUGAGCUUCCCCAACGGUGUGGAGACGGGCUUCCCUAACGGCGCAAUUGGACACAUGGUGGACGACGCCUACGACGUGGGCAACAUGCAAAAUAAUUUUGGAGACGACCCCCUGUACGGAGAGAACAGCGUGAGGAGCAAGAUGCGCUACCGCAUGGUGCACCAACACAAUGAGGAGUUCGAGGAGGGGGACCUCCUGGCCUACAGCAAGGGCACCGCCAGCUACGGCUUUGUUGGCGAGGGGCAGGGUGCAAACGGGGGAGGCGACUUCCCAUACGAGGGGGUGGACGCGGGGGGGAGUGCAGCUAACGUGAUGAGCGGGGCCAACCCGAUGAGCGCCGCUAACCCGGUGAGCGGGGCCAACUUCCCCCACUUCGGCCACCCCAAACAGGGGGGGGACUUCCUGAAGGAGGACCUAAACAGCAGAAGCAGCUUUUCGCACGUGUCCAAACCUUCCAACCAAAUGAACGGAGACGAGGUGACCAAUGAGGAUGGCGGGAAGACGAGCCCGGGGAGAUCCCGAGCAGUGGACCCCCCUCCUCCCCCCGCGAUGGCGUACAUGUCGAGCGAGCACCUCCCGGAGGGGUUCGGCGGCGCGCACAGUGGGCAGCAAAGUGGGCAGCAAAUCAGCACGCCGGCUGCCCCGCCAGCUUCCCCUACAGUUGCCUCUCCAGCUGGCCCACCGCUGCCUCCUCCUCCCAUGUUCCCCUUCGGCCACGUGCACCCCAACGGAGAGGUGCAUACGAAGAAGACCUCCGCCGGGUUGAGUGCGGGCCCCCCAGAAAAGGGCACCGACUCGGGGGACGGCGCCUUCCCCGUGCACGGCAGCCUGAACAUGAUGGGCAUCGCCCCCCCGGAGGACGCCCUCUCGAGUGCGAAAAAGGACGACGUGGCGAACCACGUGGCGGGCCCCCAGGCGCCCUUCUUUGAAGACCCCCCAAGUGGGGCGGCCGCCCCGCCAAAGAAGGACUCCCUCCAGAAUUACGCGCCGCCCCCCCAAUUAAUGGAAAUCACGGCCAGCCGCAACCAGAAGUACCUGACGCAGAGGAAGUAA